AUGCUUGAGAGCAUUUGCCAUCCAAACAUUACGCAAUUUAUCGGCGUUUGUUCAAAGCCAGUGGCAAUCAUGAUGGAUUACGAGUGCUUCGAUUUCAGUCCCUUCGGCCUCAACCAUCAAAUGUCCAAUUUGUUAAAGUUUUUAAACACCCUUGGCCACAUCGAGGGCCAAACUGAAGCCUUUGAGCAUUUCUUGCCUGUUUUUCCGAAGGCUGCAAAGGACGUCGCGAAAGGUCUCUGUUUUCUUCGCUCAAAUGAUAUCGUGCAUCGUGACCUAAAACCAAGAAACGUGUUAGUCAGCAACAGGCACCACUGUAAAAAAGAUAUCAGUGCGGAUCAACUGCCAAGUGUCUUUGCCGACUGUCCAGUAGUUUGCAAACUAACUGACUCCAGUGAGAGACGGUCAACUUUACUCCAAACAGCGUCAUCAUUCAUGCGAAGACAAUGA